ACAGUGACGGUAACUUCAAAAAUUUGGGCAAAACACUAGCUAAUUUCACGGGAUUUUCUCUCCAAAAAUCACAACCCAAUUCAAGCUAAUUUUCUACGUUAAGCAAGCUUAAAACCCAUGUUUUAAAGCUGCCAAAACUCCUCCAUUUCAACAGGAAACUUUCAACGGACAAAAUGGAGAAACCGAGCUUGGCAAAACAGCACUAAAGCCCGGCUAUGCAUACAGAACAUCACAGCAAUUAAUCAAGCUAAUUCCCACAUAGUUUAAACAACAAAACACAUUUAAAGGGCUGCUAAAUGCUACCGGAAUUUAUCCCCUUUUCCGGCACAAUUUGGACACACACAAGGCAACAAUUACAUGGUUAAAUUGGACUUGGAAGAGCCGGCAACUUACCAGAAUUCGAGCAAGCAAACCGGAGCUGGCAGGGAGAAGAAGCCGGCGGCAUCUGCAGGGGAAACUCACGGCUACCUCAAAAUUGGAAGGGGAUAAAGCAAUUAAGGUAAACCCAGCCUAAAUCAAGCUGAAAGAUGAAGUUUAUGGCUGUGGCUUACCCGAAAAUGCCCAGAAACUCAAACCCACAUAGCAGAACUCGCGGACAGCAAAGGGAGGACGACGCAGAGCAGAACAGAUCUGGAAAUUCUGGUUUAGUGGCUGUUCUAGAACAAGAAAAUAGGGAGAAAUCCCCAAGCUUUGCCGGUGUUCCCGACCGGAAAUGGGUGGCGGUGGCUGGGGCUCUUGCCGGCUGCAGGGGAGGAACAGAGCAGAUCUGGGAUUUCCAGCAGAGGGGGGGGGGAUUUCUGGGUUCAAGAACAAGAAAAGAAAGAGAAAAUCCCAAGCUUGGUCACCAAUUUUUCUCAAAAUGAGUCGGUGGCAAGAAGGGCUUGGGGGGGUUGUCGGGAGGAAGAGUCGGGAAGG